UGUUCAAAUUAUCUAAAACAUUUCAAGUAAUUAGUUGAAUCCAAAGUAUCUUAGCUCCAAUGUGUGAGACCUGACCCAAAAUUUAGUGCAGCUGGGUGCAGCUCAUUAUGUCGUUUCACACUAGCUUAUUAUGACAAAUAUUUGGAAUCAAUUGUUCAGUUUCGUAUCCUCUCUUCUUUGUGUUGUUUCAAGUUUCAACAUAAAUAUAACAAUUCGAUCUUUUUGUUCUUGCUAAAUUUUUUAAAAAGCAUUAUAGGACAAUAGAGCCAUAAGAACUUGGCUGUCCUAGGAGAGAUGUAAUCUGCUGAUCUACAUAGUUUUUCCUAUUUUCUCAACUUAUGUUUGUAGCAAUUAGCCUAUAAUGAUCAUUCAACAAGACUACAAUCAUUGUUGCACCGGUUAGGCUUUGACAAGAACUCUAGCUGAAGACACACACCCAGCACAAUAUGAUCACCUUAAAACUUUGUUGAAACAAAGUCUUUUGCGUUAAAUUAAAGUUUAGAUCCUGUCUGCCCUUACCUAUACUGUGUCCCUAUUCAAUCCCACUUCAAACAACUGAGAAAACUACCUGUGUAAGGAGGUAAGUCUAUGUCAUUCACAUCUUCAAACUCUUGACUUUGUCUGCAAAUAGCAUAUGAUCAUUCAACACAUUGAACUUACACUUCUUGUUGCAGGAUCUAGAAUCCAUGAAAUUUCGUAUAAAUCAUCUGAUUAUGGUGUGAAAACAUUGUUAAAAAAACAUCAUUAUGUUGGCUGAUAUUUCUUACAGUUGUUAGGUUGCUGUUAUUUCAGUUGUUGUGUGAAUUGCACUGUGGAUGCAUUAGUCCUAACAGGAGAUAUUAGCUACAUCAUUAACCAGAGGACUUAAAAAAGCAUUUGAAAGAGAAAGGAUAUCUCACCUUACAAAAACCAAGCAUAGGCUGUUGAUUAAUGCUUGCAUUUCCAUUCAUUAACAAAAAAUGGCUUCAUUUUCUUUUCCCAUUACCACCACUGCCUUUGUUCUCUUGUUUCUAAGUCUCACCUCCAAUGUGUUCAACUUAGCAGCCAAACAUAGCCAUUCCUCCUCCAUUAAGGCCAUAAAAAACCCGAGGCUGCAAAAGGCCUUCAUUGCUCUCCAAGCUUGGAAACGCGUUAUCUACUCUGAUCCUAGAAACAUGACCUCUAAUUGGGUUGGCCCUUCAGUCUGCAACUACACUGGCGUUUAUUGCGCCCCAUUCCCUAAUGACACCAAAGUCCAAACUGUUGCUGGCAUUGAUCUGAACCAUGGUAAUAUAGCCGGUUACCUACCUGAUGAACUCAGCCUUCUCAAUGACUUAGCGUUGCUGCACCUAAACAGCAAUCGCUUCUGUGGAAUCCUCCCACUCUCUUUUUCGAAUCUUACACUCUUGUAUGAGCUUGAUAUCAGUAACAACCGAUUCGUAGGACCAUUUCCUAGUGUUGUGCUCUCUCUUCCUUCCUUAAAGUAUCUUGAUCUUCGCUUCAAUGAGUUUGAAGGGCCAUUGCCUCCUCAACUCUUUAGCAAGAAUCUCGAUGCUAUUUUCGUUAACAAUAACCUUUUCACUUCCACUAUCCCUUCAAAUCUAGGAUCAAGCUCUGCUUCUGUUGUGGUUUUUGCCAAUAACUACUUUGGAGGAUGCUUGCCACCCAGCAUAGCCAACUUUGCAAACACCUUAGAAGAAUUGGUCCUAAGUAAUAUUAGUCUAUCAGGGUGUUUGACUCCUGAAGUGGGAUUUUUGUACAAGUUAAAAGUUCUUGAUGUGAGCAACAACAAGUUAGCAGGGCCAAUACCUUAUACUAUUGCUGGUUUAGCUCAUUUGGAGCUAAUAAAUUUAGCACAUAACAUGUUUAGUGGAAUUGUGCCAGAGGGAAUAUGUGUACUCCCAAAGCUCUCAAACUUCACAUUUUCUUAUAACUAUUUUUGUGAGGAGCAAGGCAUUUGCAGCAACUUGACAUCAAAGGGUAUAGUGUACGACGAUCGUCGGAACUGUUUGCCAGAAAAGCCUGUUCAGAGAAACAAGAAGGAAUGUGAUGCUGUGGAUGAACAUCCCAUUGACUGUUUAGCAUUUCAUUGUGGCACUUGAUAUUGGUGUUCAUGAGUUGCUUCUACUUAAAAUGUGGAAUAAUUAGUACUAGCUUGAGUUUCUUUUGUUUUUUCUCUAAUGUUCUGGCCUAAGCAAAAAAUAAUGUUAAAUAGUUUAUCUGUAAAUAUGGUGUAUAAUGAAGUUCUCUAUGCUUAUUUGUAUUGUCCUACAUAAUAAUUCUCAGACUUGGAAAUCUUGAUUGUAAUAAGUUGGUAUUUACUUAGUGUAAA